GGUGGCCCACGGGGCGCCCAUAAGCGGAGGGCUCUCUUCCGCUCGCCCGUGUGCGGAGGGCUCUCUUCCGCUCGCCCGUGUUCGGAGGGGUGGAGAGCGCCACGAGUGUUGUCGUCUCAACGGGUACCCCUUCCGGCCGCUUGUUGACUUUACCACCGAUGCUGAUGGCCACCCCGUGUUCCUGCUGUCCUCCCUGGGCAUGCACGCGUGCAACCUCCAGUCGGACCCGCGCUGCACCGUGGUGGUGCAGAUCCCGGGGUGGAGCGGUCUUGCCAACGCCAAUGCGCGCGCCACCAUCGUUGGGGAUCUCUCCCCCCCGCCGCCAUCCCAGCAG